CCGCCCCUAGCCACUGUCAUAGCCACUGUCAUCUUCUCCCCACUCGCCGGAGAAGCAUGGAACCUCACCGUUCCAUCACAGGAAGACCACACAGAAAACCCCUCGGAGAUUGCACCAACACCAUCUCCAGAAGAACUCCCCAACUUCCAUCUUCUCCUUCUUUUUCCUUCGUAAAAUUCGCGAAUCCGAGUCUCACUUCUUCUCUCAAAAGGUUAGUUGAUCAAACCUCGCUAAAGGAGAAAACCAAAGAUGUCAAUAACUCCUCCAAGGUUGUUGCCGUUACCGGAAACGCUUCCAAGUCCGUUAGGCCCGUGACUCCCCAUGCAUCCCCCGAUCUGGGUUCUCCGGCGGAACCUACGACUUCUCCUCCCUCGAAACCAGAUGAUGUCAGUAAACCAGAAUCUAGUGCCGGAACUGCUUCCCGGUUAAGACCCGUAACUCGCCGUAUGUCCGCCGAUCUAGGUUUUCCGGCCUCCGCGCCGCCUCGGACUCGCUGCGACGAGGGUGUUGGUGACAAGGAGGAGGUUACUAAGCCUUACUCCUCGGUUUACACGGUUAGAAGGAAAGCUUCCGGGAGAAAAAGAAGUAAAGACGUGUCUUCCUCUAGUGCACUGCCUCGCCUUCGUCUUGACUUGUUAUCAAGCCCUGGGAAGAGGAAACUUCAAGCAGAUGAAAAUACAACCAAGUCCUCAAAACCGGCUCCCAAAAAGAGGCAGCGAACAGUAAAGAAGCAAAAAGAAGAUAAUGAUGUGUCUCAUGGAGUUCCUCAGGAUUAUAUUGAGCAGCAGAAAGCCUACUUUGCAGAGGUCGAUGCAUUUGAGCUGGAAGAAGAAGAGGUAUCAAGUAGCGACUUAGAUUAAGUAACAAGUGAUGAGAUGGCUAUCUUAAGGAUGUCAAUGAU